AUGCUUUCCAUGCGAACUCUUGCACGGUCCGCGCCUCGCGCGCUCGGCCGUUUGUCGACCUCGUCGCUUCGCCAGUCCGUAACGCGCCCCAGCCUUCGUCCUUUGGCCAAGAUGCCGAGUUCCAGCAUCCUGCGCCCGACGCGGGCCGCCUUUUCUACAACCGUCGGACGUCAGGCGGCCGACGGCGAGACUGAUGAUGAACUGUCCGCCAAGCUCGAGAGCGAGAUCCAGAUCGAGGAAGACAUGAAGGCCACCGAGCAGCUGCCAGCCAGCGUCAAGGACUUUCUCGACAACAGCCCCUUCGAGCUGGUCGACACGCCUGGCCAGGAGGUUGUGAAGCUGACUCGAUCCUUUGGAGAUGAAAAGAUCACCAUCAGCUUCUCCAUCGCCGACAUCACCAACUACGACCCCUACAACGAGGAUCCCGCCCUCGAGGACGAGGAAUUUGCCGACGAAGGCAUGCAGACGUCCACCAAGCAGGGCGACGCUUCCUCGUCGGGGGCUGCCCGCUCCGCCCCUGCCGAGGAACAGCUCGAGGAUGAGAUGGACGAGGACCUGGAGGACGAGUCGGCAGCGCCCAUCAACCUGUCAAUCGUCAUCGAGAAGCCAGGCAAGACGGCGGGCGCGCUCAACGUUGACGCCAGUGCCCAGGACGGCAACAUUGUCGUCGAGAACAUGUUCUUCUACGAGGACGCCAAGGUCGCCCGUGUCGAGUCUCCAGAGGCUGCCCAAAAGCGUGCCGACGUCUACCCCGGCCCGCCAUUCGGGUCCCUCGACGAAGACCUGCAGGUUCUCAUGGAGCGCUUCCUCGAGGAGCGCGGCAUCACCCAAGCCAUGGCCACCUUCGUGCCCGAUUACGUCGACGUCAAGGAGCAGAGGGAGUACAUGCGAUGGCUCAACAACGUCAAGGCCUUCAUCGACGUCUAA